AUGCCGCUGUCUUCACCCGCAGCCGGCACCCCCAGCGGCACGGCAUCCACGCCAGGCGGUCCACCCACUGUCACGCCGCAUGCGCCACGUGAGCGCUCCUAUCAGCCACAGUCGCAGCUUCCGCCACCGUCCGCCCAGCCACAUCCCUCCUUCCCAACACAUAAUUCUCCAAGGACAUGGCUUCUCACUUCGGCCUGCUCGCCGUUGGCUGUUCGGCUGAUCCGUCAACUCCUGGAUCAUGGCGACUACAUUGUCGCCUGUCUCCCGCCGCAUGAGAUUGACCACCCGGAUCGAGGUGCCGAAUUCAGAGAGCUCAUCGCAGAGUGCAAGGAGGGCGGUAAAGAUGCUGAAGGGCGUGACCGUGACGGAUGGAAGGAGAGAAUUCGGGGCAUCCGCUGCGACGGACGAGGAAUGGCCGGCUGCGGCGCGGCGAUAGCCGAAGCCGUCGAGGUUUUUGGCAGAAUCGACAUUGUGCUGUGCUGCAAAUCAGAGGCCGUGGUCGGCACCGUUGAGGAAUUAUCCACCACGCCAGUGACUAGGAAUCUGGUGCGAGACCAGUUUGAGAACCUCUUCUUCUCCCAGGUCAACUUCAUCAAGGCGGCACUGCCGGUCCUGCGUGAGCAGCAUACCGGGCACAUUGUGGCUCUCACCAGCACCGGCGGUCACAUUGCGACGCCGGGCAUGAGCAUGUACUCAGCUGCGACAUGGGGCCUCGAGGGGUUUUGCGACUCGCUCGCCUACGAGGUCGCCCCCUUUAACAUCAAGAUUACCAUUGUUCAGCCGAACCAGGAGAUCCAAAGCUUGACCAACAGACUCACGUUUGCGCCGCAGAUCCCUGCCUACAAAGACGCCUUCGACUCCGCCCCGAAUAUUAGAGAUAUUCUCGGCAACGUUCUCAACACGGAUCCUGAGACGGCCAUACCGCGGCCACCAACGCCCCCCGCGACCGAGCCAGUCGCGACCCCUGACUCGGAUGUGGAGGACACAAACCUGGAGCCCGAUCCCGGCCGAGGCGACGUUUUCCAGCGAUACCCACGCCUGCCGCCCGGUGCCGCCGAGAAACUGGUGAUGGAGACGGUGCACGCGCUCACCGCCAUAGGAGGUCACGAGAAUCCACCAGCGCGACAUAUUGUGGGCACCGAUGCCGCCAUCGCCGUCAGGGAGAAGCUCAAGACCGUAUCGGAGGAGCUCGAGGACUUUGUGGACGCCAGUCUUGCGGUCGAUAUCUUCGACAGCGAGGUUCUCGACGAGGCUCGGGAGGGAGACAGGGGAGUCGAAAAGUCGCCCGCAGCUUGA